CUGCCGCUCUCCCCCUCCCUCCUGGCCCAGGCACCCGCAGCCCGGGCGGUGGGCCGGCUCUUGCGGGCAGGACGCUCUGCCGCGAGCGCAGGCAUGCUGAAGAAGCAGCGGCAGGGAGGUGGGCGACUCCGAGGACUGAAGCGUGCCCACGACCGCGAAGGAGAACACGCGUGUACAGUCAGGACAAAUGGAUGUCGAAUAACCCAUGUGCCAGGUAACAUUCCAUGUAUCCCUUGCCUAUCCACUGGCAUUGGUCUUGCAGAGUGAUUCUAGGCAAGAGGAGAGACCUGCCAUCAUGACCACUGCUGUGGCAAGAAAAGGGUUAAGUGCCUCCCCUCCUGAUGGCGGUUGGGGGUGGAUGAUUGUGAUUGGCUGCUUCCUCGUUACUAUAUGCACUAGAGCGGUAACAAGGUGCAUCUCAAUUUUUUUUGUGGAGUUCCAGACUUACUUUGCUCAAGAUUAUGCCCGAACAGCUUGGAUCCAUUCCAUAGUAGACUGUGCUACAAUGCUUUGUGCACCACUGGGGAGUUUUAUCAGUAAUCGUAUCUCCUGUCAAGUGGGCAUCAUACUAGGAGGAUUGCUUGCAUCUGCUGGACUGAUCCUGAGUUCCUUUGCCACAAGGCUGGAGCAUCUUUAUCUUUCCUUAGGAGUUCUUACAGGCCUGGGAUUUGCUCUUUGUUAUUCACCAGCCAUAGCAAUGGUAGGCAAGUAUUUCAGCAAGAGGAAAGCACUUGCUUACGGGAUUGCCAUGUCGGGCAGCGGAAUUGGCACAUUCAUCCUGGCCCCUGUGGUCCAGCUUUUGAUUGAACAGUUUUCCUGGCGUGGAGCUGUACUUAUCCUGGGAGGUUUUGUUUUAAACCUGUGUGUCUGUGGUGCUCUGAUGAGACCGAUUGCAAUGAAAGAGGACCACAAGAACACCCCUGAAUUCCCGGAGCAAGAGUUUGGGCCCGAAGCACAAAAGCAGGACUUAAAGCAGUGGUCUGUCUGCUCCCCUCUGAUCAAAGUGUGGUCUCACAAAUGUCUCUGCCGGUGCUCGUGGCAGGAAUACAACUUCUUGCUGAUGCCAGACUUUGUGGUGCUUGCCGUGUCUGUUUUAUUUAUGGCUUAUGGCUGCAGCCCCCUCUUUGUUUACCUGGUGCCUUAUGCGUUAAGGGUUGGAGUCAGUCAUCAGCAGGCAGCUUUCUUGAUGUCCAUUCUUGGAGUCGUCGAUAUCAUUGGAAACAUCACCUUCGGAUGGCUCACAGAUAGAAGGUGCUUGAAAAAGUAUCGUUAUGUUUGCUACCUCUUUGCUGUAGGAAUGGAUGGGUUGUGCAGUCUUUUCCUUCCGGUUCUUCAAAACUUUCCACUCCUUGUGCCUUUCUCAUUCACCUUCGGGUAUUUCGACGGAGCCUAUGUAACACUCAUUCCUGUGGUGACAGCAGAUGUUGUGGGAACUGCUUCCUUAUCAUCAGCCCUCGGGGUGGUGUACUUUCUCCAUGCAAUACCAUACUUAAUCAGCCCACCGGUUGCAGGUUGGCUUGUAGAUACAACUGGCAACUACACUGCAUCAUUCGUCCUGUGUGGAUUUUCCAUGAUAUUCAGUUCGAUAUUGCUGUGCUGUGCAAGACUAGCAAAGAAGGUCAAAUGGACACACUCGAGGCCAGCUGGCAGAGAAACUGAUGCUAAGCAACAAAUCUGGACAAAUGGAGCCAUCCGUUAUUCUGUAACUAGAGAAUUAGAUCAAAAAGGUGUAGAGCUGUUGGCUAGUGAAGUUAAUAGCAUUAGCACAAGAUGAUAAUGUGUUGAAAGGCCCCAUGUACAAAGAAUAUUUUACUAAGAUCAAUUUCGCUAGGUAUCCUAUUGAAGUUUUUUGUUCUCCUAGUGGAUAGAGGGAGGGAAGAGUUUCUCUAAGCAGACCAAAAGGCCUGUUGAUAAUAAGAUUCAAUGGGAAAGAGGAGAUCUCUUCUUCUAGAAUAUGCAGAAGACCAUUUCUAAUUCAGUAAAUCUAGUCCAAGUGGGAAGAGAAAGAAUGUAAUUAUUAUCAGAAAUGACCUGUGUGUGCAAAGGGAAAAACUGGACAACCAAAUGUCAGAUGAACUUGGAAGAAGAAUGCAGUUACAGUCAAUCUUCAAAGAUGUUGCAUACAGCUGAUCUUGUUUGGGAGAGACAUAAAAAAGUUUAAAAUUA